UUGCAGAGUGCAUCUGAAGAAAUAUUACUGAUUUUGGAAAAAGCACUUAUUUCAAGGAUUGAAAAAGAAGGCAUUUACAAAACUGCGAAAAUUCUGCCCGUCGAAACCGACAAGCAAAUACUGAACACAUAUCUUGACGACGAACCAGACUUUACUGAGCAAGUUGUACCUAAUGGUAAUCACACUGAUAUGGCAAGUAUUGCUUGUUACAAUCGAUUUGGGGAACCAUUUCCGGGUUUUCUCUGCCCACUGAUGAAAAUUAUGGCUCAUGAGUACGGUGGCUGGCGAAGCAAGGUGAAGGAGAAUUUAACUUGCGAGGAUUUGUUGGAUCUGAGUACCCAUCCAUGCGACCACAACACCAGUUCCUGCGUUCUGGUGGCAUUGCCAAACAAACACGUACUGCUCGGUUGUAUGGACGAUCAUACGGGCAAAUUUGUUGCACCUCAGGAAUGGGCUAGAAAAUUCAAGGUGAAUCAAAUUUCCUGGCUGGAUUUCAGAGUUGAGAAUCCUCUCCGACUAUCGCAACACUGCAGGCAAAGGAAGAAUGGUCGACCGCUGUGCCUACGGAAUAAUCUCUUUUUUCGCGAGUAUCCACUAGUGCAACAGUUAACAUGUUGCUGUAAGGGGCAUUUUUGUGCUGAUGCGCUCUUUGAUCAGGUACUUUAA